AUGGAGGAGAUUCAGUGCACAGGUCCCGCCGACAACGGUACCGGCUCCACCGGUCUUCGCAUCGGCGCCAUCUUCAUCAUCUGGGCCACAUCCACGCUCACCACCCUCUUCCCUGUCGUCACAAGACGUAUCCCUCGUCUCUCGAUCAAUCGAGAGUUUUUCGACUUUGCCAAAUACUUCGGUUCCGGAGUCAUCAUUGCCACCGCUUUUAUCCAUCUCUUGUCACCCGCUGCAAGUGACGAAGAGCUCGGUUCGCCAUGCCUCAACGAUGCCUUCCAGGACUAUCCUUUUGCGUUUGCGUUUGCCAUGAUCGCCCUGUUCGCCGUCUUUGUCGUCGAGGUCAUCGCUUACCGUGUGGGAAGCGAAUUCGCCAACAAGCUCGCAUACGACCCACAUGCCGGCGGUCACCACCACGCCAUCGAGCACGGCGGAAACUUCAAUAGGCCUCGUUCUCACACUCACGCCGUUGCCAAGGACCUUUCCAUCGAUGAUGUUGAGAACACGGCUGCUGUCGCUCCUGGCGGCUCCGCAGCGGAAGCUCAGAUGGUAGCCGACACGGACUCUUCCACAUCCACAGCGGUCACUUUCGGGGCACAAGCAUCCGAAAUCCUUGGUGUCAUGAUACUCGAAUUCGGCGUCAUCUUCCACUCAAUCAUCAUUGGUAUCACGCUCGGGACUACGGCUGAUUUCACCGUUCUCUUCAUCGUCAUCAUCUUCCACCAGAUGUUUGAAGGUCUUGGUCUCGGUGCUCGUCUCGCGUUCUUGCCGAUUGGCAUGAAGUCAUGGAUUCCGACAUUAGGCGCUAUCGUAUACGGUCUCGUUACGCCUAUCGGUAUUGCGAUUGGUCUUGGUGUUCGACGCACCUACAACGGUGACUCGAGGACGGCUGCAUACACUACCGGUAUCUUUGACUCUAUCUCGGCGGGUAUCUUGCUGUACACGGGUACCGUCGAGCUUUUGGCACAUGAGUUCAUCUUUAACGAGAAGAUGCGCAAUGCUCCGUUGAAGAAGGUGAUCAUCAGCAUCCUUGAGAUGCUCACAGGUGCGGGUUUGAUGGCUUUGCUCGGUCGAUGGGCAUAA